UAUUCAUUGAACCUUGACGAUGUCCUAACUCUGGGUCAGAAUCACUGAUCUUGGAAGUUAUCAUUUCAAUUGAGCCUCGAAUUUUAGCUGGUGCGAAUUUGAAGAGGAUAUUUCUCACUAGUCCCACACAUAUUGUCAAAACAGUUCCAAAUCUAAAUUCCUCGGGAGUCGGGAAUCAUGGAUAUCUGUAAAGUUUUGUCCCUACUUCUUGUGGGGACAUGGGCCUCCUUAGUAUCUGGCGACUUAACAGAAUGUGACGCCCUCACCAUGAUUUGUGGGAAUCUGGUCCAAGAAGCUUUUACCACGUAUCCAAAUUACGCAGAUUUGAAAACGCCACAACUCAUCCAACGCUUAGGCUACCCAGUAGAAGAACACAAUGUCACCACUGCCGAUCACUACAUUUUGACCAUGUACCGAAUUCCCUAUUCAAACUCAUCUCCACCGGCACUGGGGAAAAUUCCGGUCCUUCUGGUUCAUGGCGUCCUCGCCUCUAGCGUGCAAUGGCUUUGGCAACCUCCAGAUAGAUCUCUUGCUUUUAUGUUGGCCGAUUCUGGUUUUGACGUAUGGUUGGGAAAUAGUCGUGGAACUUCGUACUCGCGAGGUCACACCUUUCUCCCAAGUAACGAUCCCAACAAUUUGACCUACUGGGAUUUUAGCUUUCAUGAAAUGGGACUCUACGAUUUGCCAGCCACUGUCAACUAUAUAAAUUCAUUGACAUCUCAACGUAUUUACUACGUCGGUCACUCCCUCGGGACGACGCAGUUUUUUUCUGGGAUUUCUUUAAAUCCAGGUCUGGCGUCUAAAAUCAGAGCCAUGUUUUCUUUAGCGACGAGUGGUUAUAUUAACCACAUGACGAAUGCCUUCUUUAGAGCGUCGGCUCCCUUUCUUGUGAUAUCUGCGACGGAACAAACCAUAAACCAACUUGGUGGAGGUCAAUUCCUGCCCCAAGUUAUGCAGCAGUACAUCGGAGACUUUACGACAUAUUGUACGCAGUACACUUUAAACUGCGGUGUUUGUAAUACCGUUUUUGGAGUAUUAUUCGGAAUUGACAUGUGUCAGACAGAUUUUAGGGAAUUACCAGGAAUAUUGGCUCACUUGCCUGAUACCACUUCCACCAAGACAUUCGCCCAUAUUGCUCAGGACGCCACUUUGGGAACGUUUCGACAAUACGACUACGGACUAAACAAUUUUGCAGAAUAUGGCUCGCUGUUGCCCCCAAACUACGAUUGGUCGAAGUACCACGUCCCCACGGUCAUUUAUUACGGCGAUAACGACAAUCUUGCCGUGCCAAUUGACGUUCUUGCAACGGCUAACGCUUUGCGUCCUAAUGUCGUACAGCUCAGUCGAGUCAAUUAUUCAACUUGGGAUCACAUGGACUUCGUUAUCGGAAAGGAUGCUGAUGUUUACCUUUACAACGAUAUGCUAAAUAUUAUGAGGAAUCAUACCUAUGGAUAAAGAUAUCCAAUUAAUAAUAAAAAAGUGAUUGAUAUUAUCAAUCAAUCAUAUCCGUUUUAAUUAAUACAUGUUUUGUCCAAAAAGUAAAAUUG